GGGCUGGGCUGGGAAGUGCUGCUGAAAUGUCUGUCUAGAGCUUUGUGGUCACUGUGUCUGUUCCGUGGCGCUGGAGAGCACCGGCCCAGUCUCUGAAAAUGGAUGCGAUACUGAAUUACAGGCCGGAGGGCAGCGAGGAUUACUACGCCCUACUCGGCUGCGAUGAGCUCGCCUCGGGUCUCUCCACAUUACCUUGGCUGUCUUGGAACUCACUCUGUAGCCCAGGCUGGUCCCAGAUUUACAGAGAUCUGCUUGCCUCUGCCUCUCAGGUUGAGCAAAUCUUGGCAGAAUUUAAGGUCAGAGCUCUGGAAUGCCACCCUGACAAGCAUCCAGAAAACUCCAAAGCUGUGGAAACGUUUCAGAAGUUGCAGAGGGCCAAGGAGGUUCUGACCAAUGCGGAGACCCGCGCCCGCUACGACCAUUGGCGGAGGAGCCAGAUGUCCAUGCCGUUCGAGCAGUGGGACGCUUUGGCCGACUCCGUGAAAACCUCAAUGCACUGGGCUGUCAGAAGUAAGAAAGAUUUGAUGCUGGAAGGAGCUGACCAGACUUCUACCAACACUGUUCAAAACAAGGAAUGGGAUGAACAGAGAGAAACAAAGAAAGGAGAGCCAGGUUCAACCCCAGAGGAAAUGAAGCCAAAGGCACCUGGGUCCCCAGAGGCCAUCUCCCCACAAAACUCAGGCUCUCCAGGUCUCUCAGAUUUGAACUACAGCCGCCUUCAUUUCCGCUGGUCCGGCGACGCUCCCUCGGAACUCCUGCGGAAGUUCAGAAACUACGAAAUCUGAAGUGUUGUGCUCUGUGAGAGGGGCCAGGCAGCUGACUUUGCUGCCCCCUGUGCAGUUUCUGUUCACGGCUUAAAAAUGUGUGUGUGAGUGGCUCAGGAUGGUCAUUCUCGGGCGCGCUUUGUUUUACUUUGGGCUUGGGAUUGAACCCAGGACCUCCUGCUCACUCCGUGUCAUCGGCUCUUGCCUCCUGCCCCGCAACAUGUUAAGUGAGGAAAUUGUUUUAAAUCUAGUUUCUUUCAAUAUUUCAGUAAACUAAGGCUCGUAGAGCCACCUAGUUUGUAUCACAUGUGUUUUCCUGUGAUUGUUAUUUGUAGAGAUCUGUUAAAAAAUCAUUCCCUGCUAGACACACAAAAAUGUCUUCUGGAUUUUGACUUAAAAUGAAAUGUAGAAUCACUUGUCUGGAUUUCGUGGACCGAAAUAAAGAAUUCUCACAAAGUUCAUAAAUGCAUAA